CUGGCAUUGCCGUGACAUUGCGUACCGAGACGGAGCGAGAGCAUUUCCGUUUACUGGAGCUGCCACCGGCUCUCCUGACCCUGCUCACGUCCGAGAACCCUCCAAUGUGAGAGCCACCGCAGGUACGCGACGGUAGGUCGAAGGUAACUGAUAGUGUUUCCUUGUCUCUACGGCAGAUUACAGCUCAAAUCCAAAGAAGAAACUUCCACUGCUGGCGGCGAAGCCGUCAAGGAUGCUUACGUUGUCCUUUGCACUGCGGAUCAGACGUUCAAUCUUCGACAAGUGAGCACGUCAAAUAGUGUGUUUAUCACAAGAUGCACAGCGACAGGAGUGGAAGCCGUCGCGAAAUGCGAUUCCUCGAUGGAGGUUAUUUCUACCAAGGGACUUUCCGCUGAGCCAUAUCUGCGUGCUAUGCUACCCGUAUAUACUUCUACUGGAAGCUAUUCUUCUACGCACGAUAGCGUUUCGAAGGAGACCCUGUUCUCACACAUCCCCUUGAGUCAAGCCGAAUGCCAGGUAGCGUGGUCACAACUCGCCUGCUUCGAAUCGACCGACCCGCCGGGCUGUUUCAUCCCCAGCGCCAAAGUUCAGAUUCGCAUCUGGGAGAACUUCAUCUCGAUCGCAACAGCAGCGAGCCUGGAUCUCACGGGACGGCUGUCCAAAGCAGACUUGCUCGCGAUCUUGGAUGAACUGCGCGGCGAGGGCCCUUCAGAGCUGCUCUCGCAGAUCAUAACGAACGUGUCCACUCGACAACCCGAUGAGUCUUUUCUUCUUGAUGAAGACAGGUUCAUUCAAGCAGUUGGUCUGAGCUGCCUCUCAGCGCGCUCUGAUGGCAAACCGACGGCAACUUCAUCCUGGCUGUCAGCCUGGAAGGAGCUCGUUCCAGAGGCGUGGAGGAGCAAAUGUCAAGCCACUGCUCUUCCACAAGCAACAUAUCAUUUACAGCAUGGAGGCAAAGACAUCGUGUUCGUUGACAGCUCGCAGUCUGCAGCUGGCGCCGGGUCGAGUCAGGCAUCGAGCGGGCAGCAAUCACUCGGGGCGAAGCGCAAAUGGCACGAAAAGUUCCGUCCUUCGAAGACGAACUAGGAGGUCUAAUCGAUCAACACUGCUGAGAAUAUGGUAUGUCAGAUGCAGACCCGUUUACCUCGUGAGAUAUCGAGUACAAGUGAGCAUCACCUCUCAAGUUGGGGUAGUCGAGACUAACAACCCUAACAACGGUUGUGAGCUUACUGGACGGACCCUAUGGUCUUUGUCCACCUGGGCACCUGGGCACUGGGACUUUCGAAACAAUCGAAUGUGUGGCUCCGGAAAGACCGAUCGAGGCAUUAAUUCUAUUCGUCAGGACAAUACUGCAUUUCUCAGGAGGUGGUCGAAUGAAAUAAAUUUGAUCAUGUUCAUUCGCACUGUCCGAAAAAUCGUGAUACUCGUGUGAAUGUGUAGUACCGGAAAUAAUGACAUGCAGGCC